CCAAAGAAUCAAUGAACUGAACAUAGCGUAGUUUACGAGACACGAACUACUUUCUAUCUUUUUCUCCAUAAUGAAGCUCGUUAACUUAGCUCUAGGCAUCAGUACUAGCUUUGUAUUAUUCCCAGCCUUGAUAYUGAAUAGAAAAACGAUCCUCUGCAAGGCAGAAGAGAGAGUUUCAGAAGAUUCUGUGAGAGUCGCCAUUGUUGGUAGUGGUAUCGGUGGUUCGGCAGCGGCUUGUUUUACAAGAAAACUCUUKGGUGAUAAAGCAAGUAUUGAUGUUUUUGAAGCGAGUAGUCGMGUUGGAGGAAGGCUUGGUGUAAUGGAGGUGGCUGGAAGGAUGUAUGAAUCUGGUGGGUCGAUUAUACACGAGAAAAACAAGUAUAUGAAGAGUUUUGUGGAGGAACUUGGGCUAAAAAAGCUAAAAAGCAAUGAAGCAGAUAGUCUCAUUGCCAUCUACAACGGCACAGGCUUUGAUUUCAUUGGCAGCAAAUUCAAAAUACUAAACUACAUCAAGUUACUAUGGCGAUAUGGCUUUGACCUCAUAACAAUAGACAAGUGGAUCAAUAACAUGCUGAAACAUUUCAGUAACAUUUAUGACCUUCAAGAUAAAGGUAAUGCAUAUGAAAAUGUUGACGAUUUAUUAAAUGCAAUGGGUGGAGAGGAAUUUGUGGGAUUGAAGCAGAAGACGACAAGAGAUGUGUUGCAAAAUCUUGGUCUGAAGGAUAUUACGAUCAACGAGAUAGUUACAAGUGUGAUGAGAGUCAACUAUGGUCAGGACGUGACCUUGAAUGCUUUCGCAGGUUCUGUCUCGUUGGCUGGUGUUGGAGGUGGGCUGUGGUCAGUGGAGGGAGGAAACUAUAGAGUCUGUGAGUUACUUUUAACUGCUUAUAAAGCUAAUCUAUAUAAAGAAACCAAAGUAAGCAAGAUCACCAAGAUAUCUAACAACAACAAACCAUCCUAUAUCAUCACUACUAGUCAAGGAUUGAACCAAUCAUAUGAUAUUGUGAUUAUUGCUGCUCCUCUUGAAGUGCAGUCCAAUUAUUUUACUUGUCUCUCAUGCUCAAACUGGCCACAAGCGAGUCACACUAACACCUUCUGGCAGACUGUCGCUACAUUUGUCCAGGGUGAGAUCAACUUGACACAUUUUGGGUUUCAAAGUGCCUCUGAUGUGCCUGAGGGAAUCUUUACAACCGAGAAUCCCAAGAAUUACUUCAACUCCAUUGGUCUACAACAGCCAGUACAAGACCGCAACUCAACAGAUACCAGAGAUAAACCAGUAAGGAAGGUUUUCUCUCGUCAGUCUUUGACUUCAGAACAGCUUCAAGAGCUGUUUGCUACGAGAAAUGUUACUAAGUCUGUAAAAUGGCUGGCCUACCCAGACCUGAAACCUGCUAGGCAUUUUACAUCUUUUAUCUUGGAUGAAGGAGUAUUUUACAUCAAUGCUAUAGAACAUGCAGCAAGUGCCAUGGAGAUGUCUUGUGUAGGAGCAAAAAAUGCUGUACUCUUGGCUUAUAAAUAUUACAAUAAACAACAGGUUGAUAAAGAAGAGGAAAAGAGAGAAGAAAAAACUAAAAACGAUGAACUUUAAUAACAAUGCAAAAUAAUUAGACAUAAUUUUUUCAUUGAAUGAAAAGAAUUUUUUAUUUCAUUUUUUAAGUGUAUGAUGUGUGCCGUUUAAUUUCAAUGUAUAAAACCUAAUUGUAAAAUAUUUAUAGUUUAUGUAAAGAAGUAACGAUUUUAUAUUGCACCAUAAUUGUUUAUAAAUGAAAAUAAAACGCACACGACGAAUAAAGAUGUAGUUAUAUCAUUCGUAAUAAAAAAUGCUACACAAAAUUCUGCAAAUUGUUGCAAAUCAAAAGUUUGUAAUUUCGAUGAUCAAAAUUGACAGAAAAAUUCUUUGAAUUCUAACUCCAAAAAUAGUACAUUUUUGUAAUAAAGAAAUCGUGUAGUGUUCA